UGUCAGGAUGAAGGAUUUGCUGUGUGACAAACGACUAACGUAUACAAAGAUCAAAUAUAGCGAAAAUAAGACAAACGUAGCUGUUUAUUGUUCCUGAUAGCACCAUAUCGCCAGCUGGUUGGGUUUAAAGCUGGUCAGAGGUCGUCAGCUACAAUGUCUCUGCCUCCAGAGAAAGCCUCCGAGCUGAAGCAAAUCAUUCACAACCAUCUGCUCAAGAUGGAUAUCCAUGGGAAAAUCCGAGAGGUGCUGGCUGAGACUGUGAGGGAUGAUCAAGGCCCAGCACAUCGAUCUCUGUCGGAGGCAGAUUUUCUCCGUGCUUUGCAGUGCAGGGGUAUCAUAGACGAUGUGAUGAAGGACCUACACUUUACCCAGGGAGCAGCCACAGACGCAGAAACAGGAUCUCCUCCAAAGCCUGCUACUCACUUUGUUGACAAAGAUAUUACUCAUCUGAAGAAAUCCAAUAUUGACCCAUCGAGGCGGUGCCUGUAUCUGCAAGUGCUUGGAGGUAAGGCCUUUCUGGAGCACCUCCAGGAGCCGGAGCCUUUACCUGGUCAGGUGUGCUCCACGUUCACACUCUACUUGCACUUCCGCAACCAGAGGUUUCGCUCAAAGCCAGUGCCCUGUGCCUGUGAACCCAACCUGGAGGAGGGCUUCCUCUUAGAGAUUCACAAAGAUGGCAUAGGAGAGGGCAGUAAAAUGGCAGAUGCAACCACCAUGCUGUCUAUGUGUGACCCGGUUCACUUGGUCCUGAUCAAGACGGACACCUCCAGUGAGACGACGCUGGUCUCAUCCUACUUCCUGGACUGGAGGACAGUCCUCAGCUCGCCUAGUGGAAAGACCUGCUUUGCUGUAGAGCUGAUGGGAGUUGGAAGUGAGUGUAAAGUCCCAGCAGGUGUUUUGACAGUCAGUCUGGAGCUCUACCCUCCUCUCACAGAGACUCUGAGCAGUGACAUCAUCAGCACACAGCAAUCACUGGAGAGGCAGAGGACGGCAGAGAAGGAGAGGCUCUUCUUGGUUUAUGCCAAACAGUGGUGGAGGGAAUUCCUGGAGAUCCGACCGUCACAUCAGUCCAAAAUGGUCAAGAUAUUUGCUCAGGAUGAGAAUGGCAUCAGCAGACCAGUGUGUUCCUAUGUGCGUGUCCUCCGGGCGGGCCGCCUGCUGGAGAGUCCUCGCCAGGCGGCCCGCUUCGUCAGCCUGCUGGCCCACGAGAAGGCCCCGGUGGUGGGAGGAGGAGGAAGCAAGCAGGAGCAGUGGUGCACGUUAAUGGCUUUCCUGUGCAGAGGGAAGGGAGACUGUGAAGACCACGCCACCCUGCUGUGCAGCCUCCUGCUGGGCUUUGGCCUGGAUGCAUAUGUGUGUGUGGGCACCAAAGCCAAGGGUGUGCCACACACCUGGGUCCUGACCCGCGGCACUGAUGGGAGCAUUACAUUCUGGGAGAGCCUGGCUGCACACAGAUACCUCCACAAGGCCAUAGACCCAGAUGCCCCGCCCCUGGCCCCCCAGCCCAAACACUCGUCCCCCUACCGCACUGUGGGCUGCGUCUUCAACCACCAGACCUUCUUGGCCAACUGCCAGCCAUCCGAUGCUGUGGAGAUUUGUGUCUUUGACUUCCAGAAUCAGUCUCGGUGGAAGGCGAUGAGUGAAGAGGCUCUGAAGUCUGUGUGUGCCCCAGGCUCUAUCACCUCUUUGCCCCUUCUGCCUCCGCUCUGUGCCCCAUCUCUGGAUCCUGCUGCGUCCAGCAACCAGCUGGAGCUGGAGAUGCGCUACCUGGUUUCUGAGCACAGGAAGGAUCUGGAUCUGGCAACAGUCUGGGACGACCACUUGUCCUACCUGCUCUCCUCCGCCUUAUCAGCCUAUGAGCUGGAGCGCUGCACCGGGGUGUCCUGUGGCAACGAGGAGUUCCAGGACGCAGUGAGGAGGGCAGUGCCAGACGGACACACCUUCAAGGGCUUCCCCAUACACUUCUUACACCGCAGUGCUCGCAGAGCCUUUGCCACCUGCCUCAAGUCUCCAUUCUGCCAGGAAAUAGUUUGUUGUCGUGGCGACCAUGUAAGGCUGGCAGUCCGAGUCCGGGUGUUUGUGUAUCCAGAGAAUGCGUGUGCAGUGUGGCUCAUGUUUGCAUGUAAAUAUCGCUCUGUACUCUGAGCUACAGAGAGAUGGUAGCUACCAGCUAAUGUUGCCCAUCGGCAGGCGUGUUUUUAUAAUAUAUAUUUGUGCACACACUUUGCAUUAGAAAACCUGCAUCCAUGAUAAGACUGUUGUUUUUAGUGAUAGAGACAUUUUUAACAGAUGUUUGUGACUUUUAUCUCUACUCUGGUGCUUAGACCUUUAUUUUGUAGUCCGGUAGACUCAUC